GCUUGCACUUGCCCGUUCAACGCCUGCCCCGCCCAGCCCAGCAGGGAAGAAGAGGAGAAGCAUCGGGAGACGAUGGCAUCCCCUCACCAAAUCCGCAGCCCCCGGUGCUGACUCCCCGGCCGGGUUCGCCAGCCAAUCCAUAAAGACCCCGCGCGCGCGGCUACCUCGAUCGCUAGCGCGGACGAUCCGGCCGGCCUCCUCCGCUUUCUGAUCGCGCCCGGUCGCGGCACGCGUUCGAUCGAUCGGUCCAAGCGAAAACUAGCCCGGCGCACAGGGGAGGUCGAGAGGGAGAGGACAGAGGACCACUAGGGAUCAGCCAGCUGCCAGCGCUGGGUAGCGAGCGAGCGAGUUGCGGCCGGCGCCAUGAGCUUGGCGGGGCGGCGCAAGUCGUCGUCGCUCGCGGGCGCGGGAGCCGGGGCCGACGCGUUCGGCGCGAAGCACGCCGUGACGUCGCUGCGCAAGGGCGGGCGGCUGCCGGUCUACGUGGCCAGCGUCUUCUUCGUCCUCUGCGUCAUCGUCAUGUACGGCGAGGACAUCCGGUCGCUCACGAUCGAGCCGCUGACGCGCGUGCCGCCCGUGCUAACGGUGCCGGCGGCCACCACGGGUGGUGCUGCUGCUGCUGGAGCUGGUGGCCGGCAAGUGGUGGUGCCCCGGCGAGACAUCUCCGCUUCGGAGAAGCCCGCCGCCGCGUUGCACCACAGCGAGCAGGAGAAGCCGAAGCACGCGGUGACCACGACGACGACGACGACUGAGCCGGCGCCGGUGGCUGUCGUCGAGAAGCCGCCUCAGGAUAAGGUGGACACCACCAAGCAGAGCAAGAAGAAGACGUCGUCCAAGAAGAAGGCGAAGAAGAAGCCCCGCAGGCAGCGCGCGGCGAAGAAGACGGUGGUGCCGCCGGCGCUGGGCGUGCCGGAGACGUGCGACCUGUCCAAGGGGCGGUGGGUGUUCGACAACACGAGCUACCCGCUGUACCGGGAGGAGGAGUGCCAGUUCCUGACGUCGCAGGUGACGUGCAUGAAGAACGGCCGCCGCGACGACACCUACCAGAAGUGGCGGUGGCAGCCCAAGGACUGCUCCAUGCCCAGGUUCGACGCGAAGCUGUUCAUGGAGAGGCUCCGGGGGAAGCGGUUCAUGUUCGUGGGUGACUCGCUGAACCGCAACCAGUGGGAGUCCAUGGUGUGCCUGGUGCAGUCGGCAGUCUCGCCGGGGAAGAAGUACGUCUCUUGGGAGGGCCAGCGCGUCGUCUUCCACGCCUGGGAGUACAACGCGACGGUGGAGUUCUACUGGGCGCCGUUCCUGGUGGAGUCGAACUCGGACGACCCCAAGAUCCACAGCAUCCAGCACCGGAUCAUCAAGGCGGACACGAUCGGGGCGCACGCCGACAACUGGCGCGGCGUCGACUACCUCGUCUUCAACACCUACAUCUGGUGGAUGAACACGCUGGACAUGAAAGUCAUGAGACCGGGCGCCAAGAGCUGGGAGGAGCAUGACGAGGUGGUGCGGAUCGAGGCGUACCGGAAGGUGCUCACGACGUGGGCGAACUGGGUGAACGACAACAUUGACCCGGCGCGCACGUCCGUCUUCUUCAUGAGCAUGUCCCCUCUCCAUAUCAGCCCGCAGGUGUGGGGCAACCCGGACGGGAUCCGUUGCGCCAAGGAGACGAUGCCGCUGCUGGAGUGGCACGGCCCGCUGUGGCUGGGCAUGGACUGGGACAUGUUCCACCAGGCGAAGAACGUCUCCCGGCGGGCGUCGCCGCGGGUGCCCAUCACCUUCGUGGACAUCACCACCAUGUCGGAGCGGCGCAAGGACGGGCACACCUCGGUGCACACCAUCCGGCAGGGCAAGGUGCUGGGCCCCGAGGAGCAGGCCGACCCGGGCACCUACGCCGACUGCAUCCACUGGUGCCUCCCCGGCGUGCCCGACAUCUGGAACCUCGUGCUCUACACACGGAUACUCUCAAGGCCUGCACUCCACUUCGAUUCAUAGGCUGCAGAGGACAGAUCGCCAAUUCGAUUCAUACGCUGCGUUUGGAUGGCAAUGGCAAUGGCAUGGCUGGUGGGCUAUACACACACACACACACAACCAUCGUCGGUUCAGAAAGGAAAAUUUUCUCCUCCUUUUCUUCUUCUUCUUCAUAUUCUCUCUGGCCUUUUUCCAUGACGAAAGAUGCCUUUGUUUGUUUGUUUGUUUAUUAAAUAUAUAGGGGUGGUAUAGGUCAGUCAAGUGAAAAAGAGACUGUAAAUGGGCGGGCUGUGUGAUUAACUGCCCCAGAUCGAUGGAAAUGUACAUUCGGGGUAACAAAAGCUGGAAUGAAAAGAGAUGAACAAAACAA